UGCAAGACUUCAUGACGGUGGAAACCACUAACUUCCCACACGAAGGCUCUAAUCACACUCCAGCACAUCACUACUCAGAGUUUAAGUUCAAGACGUACGCGCCGAUCGCAUUUAGAUACUUCAGAGAUCUCUUCGGGAUACAACCUGAUGAUUUCCUGAUGUCAAUGUGCAGUGCUCCUCUCCGAGAGCUAAGCAACCCGGGCGCGUCAGGAAGCAUCUUCUAUCUGACUAACGACGACGAAUUCAUUAUCAAGACUGUGCAGCAUAAAGAAGGAGAAUUUUUGCAAAAGUUGCUGCCAGGAUACUAUUUGAACCUAGAUCAGAACCCCCGCACAUUAUUACCUAAGUUUUUUGGUCUGUACUGCUACCAGUGCAACAGCAAAAACGUACGAUUAGUCGCUAUGAACAAUAUCCUACCGUCUUCCGUCAAGCUACAUCAGAAAUAUGAUCUCAAAGGAUCAACUUAUAAGCGGAAGGCGAACAAAUCAGAACGUCAAAAAAGCUCACCGACAUACAAAGAUCUGGACUUCAUGGAGCAUCAUACGGAAGGCAUAUUCCUCGAAGCUGAUACGUAUGGAGCUCUUAUAAAGACAAUGCAGAGGGAUUGUAGAGUGCUGGAGAGUUUCAAGAUAAUGGACUAUUCUCUCCUAGUAGGCAUCCACAACCUAGAUGAAGCUCAACGCGAGAAAAGCGAAGCGCGCAAACGCACAGAGUCCGGACAAAGUGAUGACGAUGAAGCGGGGGAACCCAAGAGGAGUGGACUUAACAGAACCAGAUCAGAUCAGGGCAACGAGGAUUUCGGGACGCAAGUGAAAAGGACCCAAUCAAUAAACCGCCAAAGACUAGUGGCGCACUCUACGGCGAUGGAGAGCAUACAAGCGGAGAGCGAACCUAUAGACGAAGAGGAAGACGUCCCGCCGGGCGGAAUUCCAGCGCGGAACGCGCGCGGCGAGCGCCUACUCUUGUUUCUGGGUAUCAUAGACAUCCUGCAGUCCUACCGCCUACGCAAGAAGCUAGAACACACAUGGAAAAGCAUGAUCCACGACGGGGACACCGUGUCAGUUCAUAGGCCAAGUUUCUACGCGCAGAGGUUUCUCGAUUUCAUGGCGAAGACCGUAUUCAAGAAGAUACCUUCGUUGGACCUGCCAGAGAUAAAGGGCAACCAUCGCAAGUUCCGCACUCUGGUCACCAGCUACAUAGGUCUGACCCUGAAACACUCGCCGUCGAAACGCAAGAGCAUCGCGAAGCCAUCUAGACCACAGGAAGAAAUCGACACGUCAGGCGCUAGUUCUAGCGGUAUUGGCGUCAAAGCAGUAUCAUUGUCAGACGUAACUGCGCAUAUUACUCCUACUUCAGUAACUUCGCCAGUUGCAACCGCAGCUAAGAUAACCACUUCCGCUCCAAAGUCUGCAUCAUCAGACCCUGAUGUAGCCUUCCCAGCAGUACUAAAAGGCUCACAGAAACAAAGGGUACCACCUCCAGUCCCUCCUAGAGGUUCCCCUAAAGCCAAAAGAGGGGGAGGGAACUCCCAAUCAACAAUCGACAAAGCUGGCGCGCCUCUAUCGUGCUGUUCAACACCUCCGCCGCCAUUCGAAGAGCAUCCUCCAGCGCGCACAAGCCGGACAAACUCGUCAUCAACAACGUCGUCCAGUGCGUCGGGGCGACGUCGAGGCGCAUCAAGCGCAGCCAGCGUAAUGACGACGUCAUCCGCGUCAUCGCUUGCGUUGACGCCGGCGGCGUUAAGUAACGCACGGAGCAAUGAAGCUAGCGUAUGUUGGACGCCGCCGGCGUCUGUGGAGGGCUCCACCCCCACCUGGACGGAAGGCACGCCCAGCUUCACGGAGUCCAGCAGUAGUGAACAAGGUUACCCCAUUACCCCGGCGCGCGGGGCUACUCCCUCCGAAGGACGACGGUCCCCCCGCCCACCACCUCCUCCAGCGCGUACGCUCCCACCCAACACUAUCAACUGCCUCACCAGUGAAGUGGUAGAAGUGACCCAUCUUGCCUCGCAAACUUCGAACAUAACAAUAUCAACGUACGAAGUCCACCAACAGAUGCAUUGUGAAGAAAAAUAUUGUUAAUUUACAAUUUUAUUUUAUGUAAACAAUUUUAUUAUGUGUUUUCUUGGUGUAUUGUAUUUUAAUGGAGCUGACAUGUUAGAUAAUGAUCAAAGCCCCAAAAUAAGUAAAAAGUCAAGUUUCAUAACACGGUUCGAUUUUUUGGAACAAUUACACAGCCUAUGGUCACGGGUUGCCUGGCCAGCGGCAGAUGACAGCUUCAAAAACAUAUCUAUCUACCCUCAUUUCGAUUUCUUGCGGCGUUACCAUUGUCACUUUUUUUUUGUUUCAUAUAAUUAUUUUCUAUUUUUGUUUUUAAUAUUAAAAAUAAUUAUGCACAGACACGGGUCACAUAAAGCUCGACCUUUUGUGCUGAACCUUUCUUUGAAAUCUCUAUUUUUAACCGACUUCCAAAGGAGGAGGUUCUCGUUCGACUGUAUGUUUUUUUUUAGUAUGUAGGGUCACAUGUCCAACAAUGAAACAGUAAAAUUUCAAACAUUCAUAGUUCUAAAUAGAAAACCACCGUGAGACUCAGACAUAUUAACUAAAAAUAAUGGAUAACUCGGUGCGGAGCCGAAUGUUCAUAAAUGAAACACUUGUUUGAGCGCUUGUGUCGACGUCGGUACAGUCCGAGGUAUCACUAUCACUUAACGCGUAACCUCGAGCGAGUGACGGAGCCCUGAGCUCACACAAAGCUCCCGAUCACAAGACUUCAAACUUUAAAAAAACAUCGCUUAGAGAUCAACUAGACUAUGGAAAUGCGUUUAGGAGCUACAAUGCUACAGAUAAAAUAAGCCAAAGACUUGAAACUUUUUGCAUCUGGAGUUAAAAACGCUUCGCUGCGUCAUCUCAAUAUUAAAACAAUAAUUGUGUCAUAACCACACCUCCCUUUACCUUGAGUACCAGAGCAAUGGAAUUAACUCUGGGGCACUUCCUAAAAACACCCAGACCAGAACCUAUUUAGAAAGUCCAUUUCCUAAAUUUGUCCUACCGGACAUCGAACUCGGGACCUCCGCAUCCAGCGCCCACAUUAAAUCAUUCGGCCACCGAGGUCGUCAAAAUAAUAAACAAUUUCUAUCAAUUUUCCAUAUUAUAAAGAGAAUAAUUAUAAUCAUACAUUACCAUAGUUGUUUUUACCAUAUCUCGAAUUUUUUUACUGCCUCUCCGAUCGCUUAUAUCUAUUUGUAAUUGACAUCCGCCGUGUUUUUCGACAUUUCUCUAAAAGUUGUUUAUCGCGCUUGAAUGGUGCCCUUUAAAUUAGGCUAUUCUUUUGAAUUAUCAAUAACGAUUCACGGAACUUGUGUCCAUAAUAAAAAAAGUGAAGUUUAGUAUGCCCGUUUAGUAUUUUUAGCAAUUUGUAAUGAAAUUUGUUGCCUAUUAUGUAAUAAAAUGUACAGUGUUGUGUAUUAUUUAUAAAAUUCACCGAUUUAGUGUGUAAGCGUACUUAAUUUAUGAAUAUCC